GCUACUGGAAAAUCAAGAUGGAAUCGUCGAAUCGCCGCGGAAAGUAAUCCAAAAUACUUUAAGAUAAAACAGGAAAGGUCGUACAGGCUUUUCUAAAAAAAACGUAAUAGUAUCUUAAGUUGGUUAACAUUGUGAUAUUCAUAAGUAUAAUUCCAUGCAAAAUUUUAUUUGGAAAUUAAAUCAUUUUAAGCUCACUUGACGUAUAUGUUAUACAUGUAUCUUUCAUCAACCGGUCGCACCUGAAAGAUUGAACAUAUCUAGUACAAUAUUGUAUAUUUAAUUUCAAUCGUGGAUCAACUUUACAUACUUGAUGUAUUUUAUGUUCCGCUUAUCAGGAUACUUAUAAUAAAGUGAAAAGUUUUACAGAACUUUAAUUUCAUUGUGUUAAAAAUAUGAAUUAACGCAGAAGAAAUGACACGAGUAAAAACAUUUUAGGUUAUAUUUGUUUCCUUGCAGUGCAGCUGGAAUAAAUUAUCGUUUUAAAUAGUUAAUUGUUAGAACAAAAAUGAAAGUUAAGCCAAGAGUUUAUUUUGAUGUUGAAGUGGGUGGUUUACCAAUAGGUCGUAUUGUUUUUGAACUUUAUUCUGAUAUUUGUCCUAAAACAGCUGAAAACUUUAGAGCAUUAUGUACUGGAGAAUUGGGACUUGGAUUAUCAACAAACAAACCAUUAUAUUAUAGAGGCAUAGUAUUUCAUCGAGUUGUUAAAAAUUUUAUGAUUCAAGGAGGAGAUUUUUCAAUAGGAAAUGGAACAGGUGGAGAAUCAAUAUAUGGCGGAACUUUCAAAGAUGAAAAUUUUACUUAUAAACAUGAUAAACCAUUUUUAUUAUCAAUGGCCAAUCGUGGUAAAGAUACAAACGGUUCACAGUUCUUUAUAACUACACAACCUGCUCCUCACUUGGAUAAUAUUCAUGUAGUUUUUGGAGAAGUUUUAUCAGGGCAGGAAGUUGUAACGCAUAUUGAAGGACUGCCAGUUGAUCGUAUGUCUAGACCUUUACAAGAUGCAAAAGUUGUCAGUUGUGGAGAACUUGUUCUUAAACCAAAACAUAAAUCAAAAAGAAAAGAAAAACAAAAAAGCAGUGUAUCCGAUUCGGAUAGUGAUUCGGAAAAGAAUAAAAAGAAAAAAUCAAAAAAAAAGAAAUGGUCGGAAGCUGAAAAUUGUAAAUUAUCGGAACCAAGGAAAACUAAAAUAGAAGAUAUGCCACAUCCCCUUGUUUCGACCACUAAAAUAGAUCCUGAUGAAAUACCAGAAAUACCAACAAAUAAAUUUCUUUAUCGAGCGGGUAAUACAAGUAAUGCUAAUCAGAGACAAUAUAUUCAAGAUCGUCGACAAAACUUCAAAAAAUCUUCGGGUGGUAGGAUCUUUAAAGGUCGGGGAAUUUGUAGAUAUCGAUCUUCAUCACGAAGUCGAUCAAAAAGUCUUACUCCACCCCAUUGGAAGCAAGCACAAAAGAAAAUUAUUAAAUUACCAGAAUUCCAAAAACUUCAACAAAAUCAAUUGGAAAAUGAAAAGGAACCUGAGAAAAUAGAAGAAGAACCCGAUAGCCCUAAUUUGCAAAAUAAUGGCAAAUUGAAUGAAAAUAAUCGAAAAGAAGCAGAGAAAGAAAAUACUUUGAAAAAAGAUAAAGUGUCAGAUAGUCCAAAAACAGAAAAGCAAAAUGAUAAGAAUGAAAAGCAAAAAACAUCUCAUAAAUCAAGACGAUCUUCAGACAGAGAUAAUGAGUCCAGAAAUCGACAUCGUUCUAAACACAAUCGGCAACACAAAUCACCUAGUCGCAGUAGUCACAAUAAGAGAUACCGUAGGCAUUCUCCAUAUGAAUCAUCAUCUCGUUCAAAAAAAUCAUCACGUCGAGCAGAUUGAUAUACAUAAUUAAUGUAUAAAAUUAUUAAGCAACGUUUCAUAUUUAUAAUA